AUGGAUAUCGACAUGACCGUAACUAGUCGUGACAUGGCUCAUCGUUUGGAGACCGAAUACGGCCGAGCCUUUUGCGAGCCCGUGCCUGUAGUUCUUGUUACCUACCUGUACGUGCGAAUGUGCAACAUAGCGCGGAGGCCUAAUAUCUACACUUUUGGUGAUCUCUUAAUUAUGGUUCACGAGGCUGAUCACCAUGUGGCGGUCUGCUACCGCGUUUGGCCGAACGGUGACGUCCACGAAAAGCCACCUAUACCCCACGGAGCCGAGGGCAGUCCCACAGCCAGCAACUGCCGUACACCCAGCUACUGUAGCCGGGCAAGAGCAUUACGCUGCAAACCCGCGGAUGAAAGCACCGAAAAAAAGUGUCACUGUCAUCUUUGCCCCGGUCACAGUCCAGUCGCUGCUACAGCCCCGGAGCAGCAGCGGGUCCCCAGCCUUGCUCUGCUACAGCAACGCCAGCAGCCGAUGACAUCACAGGACGUCGCCAGUGAUCGACAGCGGUCGUCGCACUGCCAGCACCCGCGAGCCCGGGCCCCGUCCAGGUCCCGGACCGCGGGCUCUUGGGUCCAGGGACCCUUGUACUUGUUCACGAUGCUGCUUGCGGCUUGGGUCUCCGCGGCUGCUGCUGCUGCUGGGGCGGGGCCAGCCUCGCUAAGUACGGCAGUGUCGGGUGCGCUCACGCAGUCUGUGGCGGCGGGAGAGGCCGGGGGGGAGCUGUUGGGGUUAUUGCACGGAGUUCCCUUGCAUGACCCGGAGGUGUCCACAGGCGGACCACGUAACCUGAUUCAGUCAACGGCACCUGACACGGUGCAAGAAAACGUGACCAGGCUGAUGGCGUUGUCCUAUGACUUCUCUGAUGCACCGCCACCACCACCACCACCACCACCACCACCACCACCACCACCACCAGACAUAGCACCUCCGCCCGACUACUCAUAUCCUCCACCGUCCUGGCUCCCGCCACCGGGGGACUAUGUUUCAGACACGCCGCUGGCGGACCCUCCCUCGCAGACUCCACCAGCAGAACCUCCUCUGGAUAGUCCGCCGGCCGAGCCACUGCUCCCCCUUCCACCGCCUCCACCACCUCCACCCCCCCCUACGCCACCCCUGCCACUCCCAUACCCGCCACAACUCCCCCUUUCACCACCUCCGCCACCUCCAUACCCGCCACACCUCCGCCCUCCACCUCCCCCGCCACCACUCCCCCCUCCACCACCUCCAACCCUGCUAGCGCCCAUGCCACCGUACGUCCCGCCACCUCCAUACCCGCCACCAUUCCCACCUCAGCCACCUCCGCAAUCUCCGACCCCUCUACCACCUCCGCCACCUCUAACCCCCCCAGCGCCCAUGCCGCCUCUGGCCGCCAAUGCCAGUACUACCACGCCACCACCUCUUCCACCAGGCGCACCAAACAGCCAGUUGCAAGGCGGGUCGAGUGGCACCUCCCCGGGCCCCAUUGUGGCGGCUGCCGUGGUGCCGACUUUGGCGCUCGUGGCGGUGGCCGUGGGUUUGUACUACUACAACAGGAGGCGCCAUGUGAACCAAGCGCUGGACAACCUCAUGGGUGGCGAGGGGGCCUAG